UAUUUAGGCUCUGCAUUGCGGCCAAAAGUGAUUCGCAGUGUACAUUACUGUCCGGCGACCAAGAAGACAUUCGAGCGACGCUACACUGAUCUGACGUCCUACGAAGCUUUCCCCUCAAGCAACGUUUACCCAACCGAAGAUGAAAAUAAAAAUCCAUUGGAAACGGAAUACGGCUUGUGCACAUAUCGCGAUCAUCAGACAUUUUCAAUGCAGGAAUUGCCGGAAGAUGCACCGCCAGGGCAACUUCCACGUACGGUGGACAUUGUGGCGGACGAUGAUUUGGCGGACAGUUGCAAGCCUGGAGAUCGUGUCCGUGUGAUUGGUCUAUACCGAUGUUUACCGAAUAAGCAGAACGGCUAUUCCAGUGGCAGCUUUAGAUCUAUAAUAAUCUCGAACAAUGUGCAACUGUUGAGCAAGGAGAUGCAACCAAAUUUUUUGCCAGCUGAUAUCAAAAAUAUCCGAAAAAUGAGUCGGCAACGGGUAAUACCAUGCCAGUUUCAUAAAUGCCAGGAAUUAGCAAAUAUCUUCGAUCUUUUGGCGCGAUCAUUGGCUCCAUCAAUUUGUGGACAUGAUGAGGUGAAAAAAGCGAUACUCUGUCUGUUACUUGGUGGAAAUGAGAAAGUACUCCAGAAUGGCUCGCAUAUUCGAGGUGAUAUCAAUAUACUUCUGAUCGGUGAUCCAUCAGUUGCAAAAAGUCAGCUGCUAAGGUAA